GUUCGGCCAUGCACAGCAUAGAGCGGUCUCCCCAAGAUACAAGCCACCUCACAUCAAUGGAUCAGGGAAAGGCAUUCUUCAAUUUCCAGUGUCCUCUCAACAUGACAUUGACUUUGAACGACUUGGUGCGUCUGGUUGAGACCCAGAAGGAGCGAGCUGCCGACACUCUCGCCCAACUUGGAGGCAUCGAAGGUGUCGCGCAAGCGUUGAACGUCUCGCUGGAGCAUGGUCUGGACAACAACAACGCUGCGGAUCUGGCUUCUCGCGAACUCCACUACGGCAAAAACUACGUUGAGCCCGAGAAGCCAAAGACGAUCUUCGAGCUCAUGUGGCAUGCCUUCCAAGACUUGACCAUCAUCAUCCUGACCGUGGCCGGUUUCAUUUCGCUGGUUCUGGGCUUCAUUCCGUUUGCUGAGGACGAACCGACGAAGGAGGGCGGCCGUCGAUUGGCUGGGGGGGGGGACCCGAGCGUGGCGUGGAUCGAAGGCGCGUCGAUCAUCGUCGCCGUGCUGAUCGUGGUGUUCGUGACGGCCAUCAACGACUACCAAAAGGAAAAGCAGUUCCGCGCGCUGAACGCCAUCAAGGAAGACGAGAAGAUCAAAGUCAUUCGCAACGGUGUGCCUGCUGAAGUGAGCAAGUUCAAUUUGGUCGUGGGGGAUAUUGUCCGUGUGGACCUCGGCGACAUCAUCCCUGCGGACGGAUUGGUGUUUGACGAAAGCGACCUCAGUUUGGACGAAAGUGCGAUGACGGGCGAGUCCGACUUGCUCAAGAAGAACCGUCGAUUGGCCCCCUUCUUGCUGUCGGGCACCAAAGUCAUGGAAGGCGUGGGCAAGAUGCUCCGCAACGCUGUCAACAAUGACAUCAUCGAAAAGUAUGCGUCGCAAGCCUACCGCACGUUGUGUCUGGCGUACCGUGACGUGGAUGUGACCCCAGAAGUGGUCAAGAACUGGUCGGACGAGGAGAUUGAGACGGACCUGACAUGCAUUUGCAUCGUCGGGAUCGAAGACCCGGUGCGCGAAGAAGUGCCGGAAUCCAUUCGCCAGUGUAACGAAGCGGGCAUUGUCGUGCGCAUGGUGACUGGCGACAACAUCGUGACGGCCAAGUCCAUUGCGCUCAAGUGCGGAAUUAUCAGUCCCAACGACGGGUCGCUGGUGAUGGAGGGGUCCGUGUUCCGCGCUCGCGUGUUGGACGCGAACGGCAACAUCAAGCAGGACGAGUUUGACAAGAUCUGGCCCAUGCUUCGCGUGUUGGCUCGGUCGAGUCCCAAGGACAAGUACACGCUGGUGUCUGGGUUGAUUCAGUCGAACGUGUAUCCGCAUGGUCCCCAAGUGGUGGCCGUGACGGGCGAUGGGACGAACGACGCCCCGGCUUUGAAGAAGGCGGACGUCGGGUUUGCGAUGGGAAUCUGCGGCACGGCGGUGGCCAAGGACGCGUCGGACAUCAUUCUCAUGGACGACAACUUCCGGUCGAUCGUGAGUGCGGUCAAGUGGGGCCGCAACGUGUACGACUCGAUCGCCAAGUUCCUCCAGUUUCAGCUGACGGUGAACAUUGUGGCCAUUUCCACGGCGGUGAUUGGCGCGGUGGUGCUGGAAGAGUCGUCGCUCACGGCCAUUCAGUUGCUGUGGGUCAACUUGAUCAUGGACACGUUUGCGUCGUUGGCGCUAGCCACGGAUGCCCCCACGGAAGCCAUGCUCAAGCGCAAGCCGUACCCGCGCACCAAGCCCCUCAUUUCGGAGCGCAUGUUGAAGCACAUGGUUGGUCAGUCCAUCUUCCAGUUGGCGGUGAUUCUCACCAUGACGUUUGCCGGGGACAAGAUCUUCGGCAUUGAUUCGGGCCGCAAGUACGACCGCAAGCCGGUUGGCGCGACCGGACCGUCCGUGCACUACACGAUGAUCUUCAACACGUUCGUGUUCCUGCAGCUGUUCAACGAAAUCAACGCCCGUCGCAUCCACGACGAGCUGAACGUAUUCCAGGGCAUCCUGACCAACCACAUCUACCUUGGCAUUUCGGUGUUGCAAUUGAUAUUGCAAGUGUUGAUCGUCCAGUUUGGGUCGCUCGUGUUUGGUUGCGUGGCAUUGGAUCUGACCCAAUGGUUUAUCUGCAUUGCCCUUGGCUCGCUUUCGUUACCGGUGGGCCUGUUCCUUCGUUGCAUCACCCUUCCUGCCAGCUUUACGAUGUGCCAGGAAACGUCGGUUGUUGAGAAGGUUCCCAGUGCCCGCACCAAGACAUUGUGGCGCCGAGGUUUGAAGCGCCUGCAGGUCCAGAUGCGUGUGGUGAAGGCGUUCCAGAAGUCAGCGACACAACAAAAGGUGUUGGAAUUAGCGUAAUUUCGAUGUAACGAUACCGUUAAUCGAGUGAAUUUAUUUGAACAUUGGGUG